ACCUUUGACACCAUGCUGUAAACAGUCCAAGCACUGUUUAACAUUCCUCCAUUGCAUCGCGACAUUCGCGCAUAUCAGCUUAUCCACGGGGCUCAAAGCCUGGCACUGCCCCCAGAAGUGUCUCUUUUGCACGAACAAGUGUUCGUAAUUCACAGUGGAGUGGACUCGGUGAACGAUGGAGACGGCGGAACAAGCGCCUGGUUUGGAAGGCUUGGAUGUAGUGUUUAUAAUGCUUUAUUUUAUCGUGGUUAUGGCUAUCUGCAUAUACGCGAUGACCAAGACCAAUCGCGCCACGGUCAGCGGUUAUUUCCUGGCAGGGAGACUUAUGACAUGGCUACCGGUAGGCGCAUCUGUAUUCGCAAGUAACAUCGGAAGCGAACAUCUUAUUGGUUUAGCUGGCUCUGGGGCGGCUGCUGGCUUCGGUGUCGGUUCAUUUGAGAUCAAUGCGAUGAUCAUGAUUCAGAUGCUUGGUUGGCUGUUCGCUCCAGUGUACAUCGCAGCCGGGGUCUGCACCCUGCCAGAGUAUAUCCACCGUAGAUUUGGUGGACAGAGAAUCCGUGUCUGGCUCUCAGUACUUUCUUUGCUGCUGUACAUCUUUACUAAGAUAUCGGUAAAUCUGUACUCUGGAGCUCUGUUUAUCAACUUGGCUUUAGGAUGGAAUCUGUACGCUGCCAUCAUCCUUCUACUUGGCUUAGCCUGUCUCUGUACCAUCACAGGUGGCCUAGCUGCUGUUAUUUACACUGACACUCUGUGCACAUUCCUGAUGACCUUAGGUUCACUCACCGUUAUGUCACUUGGGUUUGCUGAGGUCGGCGGUUAUGAGGGACUGAAAUCUAAGUACAUGGUAGCCGUGUCUAACCAUACACUUCACUCCAAUACCUCGUGCGGCUGGCCCCGACAGGACUCGUUCAAGUUGCUACGUGAUCCUGUCUACUCGGAUAUUCCCUGGCCGGGAUUUAUCAUCGGCGAGACAAUUGUCUCCAUCUGGUACUGGUGUGCUGACCAGGUAAUUGUGCAGCGAACUCUGUCAUCCAAGAGCCUGUCUCACGCCCAGGGAGCUUGUCUGUUCGCGGGAUGGAUCAAAGUAUUGCCACUCUUUACCAUGUUGAUACCGGGAAUGAUUAGUAGAGUUUUAUCUCCAGAGCGCGUUGCAUGCAGUACUCCAGAGCAAUGCAUGGCGGUAUGUGGAAGUGAGGUUGGCUGCUCAAACAUUGCUUUCCCUGAACUCGUCCUAAAAAUCAUGCCAUCAGGUCUUCGUGGUCUGAUGAUGGCUGUGAUGAUGGCCGCCUUGAUGAGUGACUUGACGUCCAUCUUUAACAGCGCCAGCACUCUCUUCACUAUCGACGUGUAUGGACGCUUCAGGUCCAAGGCGUCCGUCAGAGAGCUCAUGAUUGUGGGACGGGUAAUGGUCGCUGUGAUGACCGGUGUGGGUAUCCUGUGGAUUCCCGUAAUUCAGAAUGUGCAGGGGGGCCAGCUGUUCGUGUACAUUCAGGCGGUGACGGCCUAUCUCAGCCCACCAAUUGCCAGCAUCUAUGUGCUCGCACUUUUCUGGAAGCGAACCACUGAAAUGGGUGCAUUCUGGGGGAUGAUGAUUGGCUUUGUGGUUGGCGCAUUGCGUAUGAUCCUGGACUUUAGGUACCAGUCCCCAAGGUGCGGUGAUGCGGAUGAGCGGCCGGCCAUAACUGCCAACGUCCACUACAUGUACUUUGCUAUCGUAGCCUUCGCCAUCAGUACGGUUGCCAUAGUGAUAAUCAGCUUGUUUACAAAACCCCAUCCUGGCGCUAACACCGCCCGCCUGACUUGGUGGACUCGGCACGACGCCUCUGCAUCAAGCGAUCACCCCGAAGAGGAGAGAGACGACGAAAUAGCCAUGGAGCACGUGACCUUGUCACGUGGUAAACAAGCGUCAUGUGACUCAAUGACAGGAUCACGUGACUUAGACAAUGCUUCGUGCCCUGAAGGUACCUCUGAAGGUACCGCUGCAACCUCAGAAUAUAAAGGAUCAAAACAAUCGCGUCUCAGGCGGUUCGUUAGCUGGGUUUGUGGCUACGAGCAAGUUGUGAGCCUGGAUACUGCCAGACGGACAGCGGUCGAGCACCAGCAGAGGAUGCGCUUGAUAACAUCCCUCGAACAAGAUCCUCGCGCCAAAAUCUUCCUCAACGCAAACCUUGUUGUUAUCAGUAUUGCAUGUAUCUCAAUUUUCAUCUAUUUUUCUGUAUAGUAUAGAUAAAACCUCUAGUUACUGUUGUAUCACCCAUAAAUGUAAUAACACCCAUAAAUGUAAUAUCACCCAUAAAUG